AUGUCUUCGUUCUCCGCAUCAUCAUCGCUGAGCAGCGGCAUUUUCACGCUGCACCUUUUCUUCUACGACCUGGGCUCGCUAAUUUGCCCUGACAUCGCCUCCAAGCUCGGCCACAGAAGCACGACCUUCGUCGCUCUCGUCACGGCCUUCUUCUCCUUCGUGCUGCUGGCGCUCUGUGACGGCCUGGGAGUCAUCUUCACUGCGUACGGCGUAGUACUUGCGCUGAGCGGAGGCUUUCUUUACAACGUUACCCUGCUAAUGGGGCCGAUGUACUUUGAGAAGUACAGAAGACCUGCACUUUCGUGCAUCACAGUUGGCAUGGGUGCCUCGGGCGUGAUCUCCCCGCACCUCGUGCGAUACCUCAUAGACUUUUACGGCUACUCGGGGGGCUUGCUGCUCUACGGCGCCUGCUUCCUGCAGGCCUGCGUGCUCGUCGCCCUAGUAAGGCCAGCACGAAUGCGUCCCGAAAAAGUUCCUGAUGAUUUCAUUUACAAACACCAGAGUUUGGAAGAAAUCACUCCGAAGACUGAGAAUUGCCCUUCAUUGAGAUGGAACUGUUCUUUCAAUUUAUAUUCAAAACUCAAAGUUUGGCUGAGCGAUAAAUUAAAAGCCAUGAAAAACGAAAAGGUUUUUAUGAUGGUAUUAGCUCGAAGCCUCUUCCAAACAAGUUGCACCAAUUUUUAUUCCUUUUUGCCUUUUAUUCUACAAAGUAAUGGGUUCACGCCCCAGUUUUCAGCUCAAUGCCUAGCGAACAGUGCCAUAAUGGGCACAUUAGUUCGCAUUGUGGUCACCCUGACAGUAAACCAUCAACGCUUCAGAAGAAAAACUGCGCUAUGCGUUGCCUCAAUAAUCGCUGGGGUCUUAGACAUAGGGUUCAUUUUCUCUCACGGGGACGAGCACGUGUUGACAGCCCUCAGCGUCGUGCACGGUUUUGGGGUCGGCAUAUUCUCUAGCAUUUUCUAUGCCAUCCUUAUUGACAUCGUCGGCCUGGAACUUUAUCCUCAAUGCCUUGCUGUCUUAGCGAUUGUGCUGGCAGUGACAGGCACUUCAAUGUCUCCAAUUUUAGACUUUAUAGCUCCAGCCAGCAAAGAAUUGCUAGAGAGGCUGGGCGGUGACUGGCUAUAUGCUAUCGGUGCAGAGGUGACUGAAGAGAACCGCAAGCGUGAUAUCACUGAAGGUGGCAUACGCAACCAAUGUAACAGCUGA